UGAGGUAGUGAGGUAUAUCUCUAAGACACACUGUUUAGGUAAAAAAACAAUGGGUGUAAGAGUAUGCAGAGCAAAGGUCACAAACUCAAAUGCCUUCAUAGGACAGACAGAAUAAACAUUUAAAAAUUUUAAAGAAAAAAAAUAUUUAAUAAGAACAUUGUGCUGAGUAAGAUUACUCUUAGGGUCAAGGUACAGUAUGUUCUCAAUUGUGGUUUAAAAAAGUAGGGGGCCCCUUUCUGCCUCCGCUGCCACCAUGGCACCCGGGAAAAAGUUUGUGGUGAAGGGGGGCAAAAAAAAGAAGCAGGUCCUGAAGUUUACUCUAGACUGUACCCAUCCUGCAGAAGGUAGAAUCAUGGAUGCUGCCAAUUUUGAGCAGUUUCUUCAGGAGAGAAUCAAAGUGAAUGGAAAAUCUGGGAAUCUUGGUGGAGGUGUUGUAACAAACGAAAGAAGCAAAAGCAAGAUUACUGUAACUUCUGAGGUGGCUUUUUCCAAAAGGUAUUUGAAAUAUCUCACCAAAAAAUAUUUGAAGAAGAAUAACUUAUGUGAUUGGUUACACGUAGUUGCUAACAGCAAAGAAAGUUAA